CAAAAUCGUGGCUGUCAAGUGUCAUUGUCGUAACCCCGUUUACUGUGUUUUCUUGUGUAAAUUUUACGCCCAUAUUCAUAUUCUUCUAAUCUGCUAUAAUAGAAAAAAAUCAGAAGAUGACUAGUUCAGGUGAACAGUUAACAUUAGCAAGAGAUAUCAAACGGGCUAUUGAGCUACUGGAAAAAUUACAGCAAAGUGGCGAGGUACCUGCUACGAAACUGGCAGCGCUGCAAAAAGUAUUACAAAGUGACUUUCUGAAUGCAGUGAGAGAGGUUUAUGAACAUGUAUACGAGACUGUCGAUAUACAGGGCUCCGCUGACAUUCGGGCGUCAGCUACUGCCAAAGCGACAGUGGCUGCUUUUGCUGCGGCUGAAGGUCACGCUCAUCCUAGAGUCGUAGAGCUGCCAAAGACAGAGGAAGGUCUAGGCUUUAAUGUGAUGGGAGGCAAAGAACAAAAUUCACCCAUCUAUAUAUCUAGAAUUAUUCCUGGAGGUGUGGCUGAUCGUCAUGGUGGAUUAAAGAGAGGAGACCAGCUGCUUUCUGUUAAUGGAGUGUCAGUGGAAGGAGAGAAUCACGAAAAAGCAGUGGAGUUAUUAAAGCAAGCUGUGGGAUCAGUAAAGCUUGUAGUUCGGUACACUCCUAAGGUUCUAGAAGAGAUGGAAAUGAGAUUUGACAAGCAGCGCACAGGACGGCGACGCCAAAACUACAACUAAGAUUUUGUAUGUUCCAUACAGUCAAACUGUGUUCAGUUCAUGAAUGAUAUUUUAUGAGAAUGUUAUGUUUAAAGUGCCUGGCUGAGAGUUGUAGUGAAAUAUUUUGAUUUGUUCCAUGUUUUUGGGAAAUGACCUAAUUAUUGAUAUUUUAUCUUGAAUUUUAUGUGGGAAUUACACAUUUGACAAAACAUGCCAAGAGGUCACAACUACAAAUCAGUAUGUUACUUAAUCUUAAUACCCACAUAUAUCCUUGAGGCUUGUGAUAAAUGCCAAAUGUGUAAAUCUAGCAUAAAACUUAACAGUCAACAUUAUAUAGGUAAUGUUGUAUAUUAUAAAGAUUAAUUAUGAUCAAAGAUUAAUUAUGUUGAACAUUUAUCAUGAUAUUUAUUAAAAGAAUAAACACCAAAGUCAUAAU